GUGUCUUAAUUAUACUGUAAAUUAAACUUUUAUAAUAUAUAAAAUAUGGUGAAUAAAAAGCUGAAGGUAUUAUUUGUGCCGAUCUCCGGUGUCGGUCACGUCAAUGCCUGUAUCAGUAUUGCCGAGACGUUGAUAGACAGAGGACACGACGUGUGGUUUACGGUCAACGGCUUUUGGUCGGGAAAACUGACCAAAUAUGGCGUCAAAGAAGUAUUGCUCGACAAAUCCGACUCACCAAUGGAUGCGGACAAUAUGGCCGAAGUGGCCAAACAUAUGGUCACUUCGGGCAAGAUUGGAGGCGAAUCGGCCCUUCAGAAAGCCCGGAGUCGGGGCACUACUAUUGAGUUGAAGAUGAAAUACAUACAGUAUUUAGACGAACAGCUCGAGCGCCUGUUGCCCGCCAUUCGGCCGGACGUCAUAAUUGUGGAUCAGUUCAUGACAUUGCCAUCAGUGGAGUUGUCGGGCAUACCGUGUGUCUGGUCCUGGAGUGCCGGACCACUCGUGAUGGUCGACGAUGAGAGGGCACCGCCCGCAGCAUCAGGACUGUCCGCUGCGGGAGACAAAAGAUUAUGGCAAGAGUUUCGACAAAUCAGACGCAAUGGCACCGCAAACUCGUAUAUGGUGUUCAACGACUGGGUGGUCGGCCGGGGCUGCGAACCACUGCCCGAUUGCGCCCUCAAAAAUUCCAAGAAUUACCUCAAUAUAUACGGCUAUCCCCUGGAGUUGGACUAUCAGGACAUCCGGCCGUUGGGCCGUAAUUUUGUCCGCUUAGAUAAUCUUAAGCGCACCGAACAGUACAUGACUUUUACUGUACCGCCAGAGUUGGCCGCAAAGCCGGGAAAAUUGGUUUACUUUUCUCUCGGAUCGAUGGGUGCGGCGGAUGUGGUAAAUAUGCGCCGACUUGUGGCCAUUUUGGCCAAAUCUCCGCAUCGGUUCAUCGUAUCAAAGGGUCCGUUGCAUAUGGACUACGCUCUGGCCGACAAUAUGUGGGGCGAGGCGUCUGUGCCUCAGAUCCAAGUCCUACCUCUCGUAGAUCUGGUGCUAACACACGGCGGCAAUAAUACGGUCACCGAAACCAUGUUCUUCGGGAAACCGAUGAUAGCUAUGCCUCUGUUUGGCGAUCAAUACGAUAACGCACAGAGACUUCAGGACACGGGCUUUGGUAUACGACUGGACGCAUACAAGUGCUCAGAGAAGGAGUUGUUGGCGGCAAUCGAGAGUUUGCUUAACGACAGAGCAAUUACUGACCGCUUGGCCGAAGUCUCCCGAAGAAUACAAACGGAUAAUAGUUUAGCAAAAUUGCCAAAACUUAUUGAGGAUUUUGUUCAAAACCCCCGCAAAUAUAUUAAAUAUUCGAGUGAAUUAUUGACAGCAAAAACCAGACGAUUGAUCACCGCAUCUGAUCCCAAGACACUGAGACACAGCGAGACAUCGCCACUAAACCCAUCCACAGGUGUGUCCAUCUGUUCCGGAGGGACAGUCACCACACAAAUGAUGUCAUAUCAUCUGAAGAGAGCGCGUAUUGACACCACUCAAGAGCCGGCCGUCUCUGCGGCCGAUCAUCACAACAACGGUUCCAACGGCUCGGCCGGCAAUGUUGUCAACCAUAGGGACAAACUCUUGCAACACAUCCGCGAGCUAUACCUUCGCGAAGACUAUUCGGACGUGGAGUUCGUGUUCGGGCCGGACGUCAUCCACGCCCAUAAGCUGGUGCUGUCUGUGAACAGCAAAUGGCGUCAACUGCUGCGCGGCCAGAGCUCUGUGGACAUGGAGGACACGCCACUCGUGGCGUUCAAAGAGGUGUUGCGCUAUCUAUACAAC